GUGGCUGUGGUGGCAAUAAUGUGCAGUGACUAGUGUCGAUGGCGAUGGAGGCGGUGCCUCCAAAAUGAAGGGACCCACAAAGUGUAUUGUUUAUUAGUUGAGUGGAGAAAAAAUGUAUUGUUUAUUGGGAUCUACCAAUUAAAAUAUGAAUAAAAAUUUACUAAAAAUGAAUAGGCCUUGAGUUGGUGGAUGGACCAAAAGGGAAAUAAGGCCUUGAAUUAGUGGACGGAGGAAGUAUAUAUUUAGAUUGUAGUUUAGCAUUUGGAUGUAUUUUGUACUUGGAAUAGCGCUUGAGUGAUUUGUGAACUGCUAUUUGCUGGUUGAGCGUAAUAAAACCUUGCAACCUCAUUUUUUAUUCUGUAACUUAAAUUUGUAGAUAUCAUUCUGCCACAAUACUUAUUAUUCUCGAGAAAGAUUGACAUCAGUUUUAAAUAGAUUCAAUGAGUUGGUAUUCAGUCUUUUGAUAUGACCAGGGCAGAUGACCUCUAGCCAAUAGCAUAGUUCAUGACUUCAUUAUCUGCUAACCCUUGAUGAAGUCAUAGACAACAAGUAAUUUCCUUAUGUAGUUGGCAUGCUUGAUGAGACUGAUUCACCACCUGCCUGGUCUGACUGGGUAAAACCCACCUACUGAAAGUGACAAUGGUAACUGAAACUUGAAUUAUAAAAUCAGCCAGUGAAAAAUCAGUAUAAGAAGCUAAAUUAAGAUUCUAUCAAAUUCUUGUCAAAAAUUCUCAUAAUUAUACUCUGUUUCCCUUCAACUGAUAUCGAUCAUGGCGGCCUACGCAGCCUUGGUUUCUCUAAUGCAUAUCAUAGACGACCUCGAGCGCCACGCUUCCCCUCCGAUUUCCCUCGACAAACAACAAGUUCAAUCCCUAACUGAAAAUGUCACGUUCUUGCAGGAGUUUCUCGAAGCUUAUAUCUCCCCUGUUUCCGACGAAGCAGAUCCCUUGGAGAUGCGUAUUGCAGAUGCAGCUUAUGCAGCUGAAGACGCCAUCGAAUCUCAUAUCGUGGCCAAGAUUCAGCUGAGCAGAUCCAGAGAAGUUUAUAACUCCCCUAUUUCCGACGAAGCAGAUCCCUUGGAGAUGCGCAUUGCAGAUGCAGCUUAUGCAGCUGAAGACGCCAUCAAAUCUCAAAUCGUGGGCAAGAUUCAGCUGAGAAAAUCCAGAGAAACCAUUUGCAGCCCCUUCCUCAGCUGCUUUCGAGCUCCAGAGGCUCCAAAAACUGUCUCACCAAAUGAGUUUCUCGAAGCUUGUGCAGCUGAAGACACCAUCGAAUCUCAUAUCGUGGGCAAGAUUCAGCUGAGCAGAUCCAGAGAAGCUUAUAACUCCCCUGUUUCCGACGAAGCAGAUCAAUUGGAGAUGCGUAUUGCAGAUGCAGCUUAUGCAGCUGAAGAUGCCAUCGAAUCUCAUAUUGUGGCCAAGAUUCAGCUGAGCAGAUCCAGAGAAGCUUAUAACUCCCCUGUUUCCGACGAAGCAGAUCCCUUGGAGAUGCGUAUUGCAGAUGCAGCUUAUGCAGCUGAAGAUGCCAUUGAAUCUCAUAUCGUGGCUAAGAUUCAGCUGAGAAGAUCCAGAGAAACCAUUUGCAGCCGCUUCCUCAGCUGCUUUCGAGCUCCAGAGGCUCCAAAAACUGCCUCACCAAAUGUUAGUAUAAGAAGCUAA